CAAAUCCAUAUCAUUAAUCAAUCAUAAUUCAGAAGUUGCACAUAUCUCAGUUAACAGAAGGCGACAAUGUCGGGUCGGGGCAAGGGCGGCAAGGGUUUGGGAAAGGGUGGCGCCAAGCGCCACCGCAAGGUGCUAAGAGACAAUAUCCAAGGUAUCACUAAGCCGGCGAUUCGGCGGUUGGCUCGUCGUGGCGGCGUUAAGCGCAUCAGUGGCCUCAUCUACGAGGAGACUCGUGGCGUCCUUAAGAUCUUCUUGGAAAAUGUAAUCCGUGAUGCCGUAACAUACACAGAGCAUGCUCGCCGUAAAACUGUCACUGCCAUGGAUGUUGUUUAUGCUCUUAAGAGGCAAGGCCGCACGCUCUAUGGUUUUGGAGGCUGAUUUCUACGUGGCUUCUGGUGUAAAUGAGUUGUUUCAUUUUGUUCAGGGUAUUUACCUAGUCUUGAAUCUGUUCUUAUGUCUCAAUGUAUGACUAUCUUUCUACAAUUGUUCUUUCUUUUAUUGGCUAAAUGAAAUUUUCUUUUCUAUUUUAGUUUUAA